AUGAACUCCACUCCAUUUGAUGUUGGAACCAUGUUGCACAGUAGGCAGUCUCCUGCAAAUCAACAUGAGGUGAAGGAAAUGGAAAGCAAACCUUAUCGGCAGGCAGUUGGCAGCUUGAUGUUUGCAGCAACUGUCUCACAGCCAGACAUCAUGUUUGCUGUGAGCAUGGUGAGUAGGUUUUUACAUAAUUACAUUAUGAAGUAUCUACAGGGGACCAGGGUCCUGACCUUAAGAUGCAAAGCUGACUCUACUGGACUGGUGGUCUACUCAGAUGCCGACUUUGCUGGUGAUUGUGACACUCGUUGGUCAACAAAAGGCAAUAUGAGCUUGUUAGCAGGUAGGCCUCUGACAUGGUGUUCACAUCGGCAGAAAUGUGUAAGCAGAUCAGCAAUGGAGGCUGAAUACAUAGCAGCUUCAGAUGCUGCUAGUGAAGUUGUUUGA